AUGCCAACAAGUCCCAGUAAAACACAGAGUGCCGACCAAAGUGAAGAGAAUUCCAAACGAAAUUCGGCCAUGGAUGAAUCUUCUUCCACAACGACUUCAAAUCUUUUUAUUCAGAUAGACGACGAAAGCAACAACAAGAACAACACCGAAACGACAUCCUCAAACACGACGACAACAACAACAGGGAAUGAAGUGGUCAGAGAAAGCAAUAUGGAAGCGACGACAACAAAUCCUGCUACAAAAUCCCCAACAUCAUCCUCUUCGUCUUCUUCCUCUGUGGUUGAGACUCAUGAAACAGCCUCAUCAUCAUCAUCGCAGCAACCUCCAACAGCCUCUUCAUCAUCAUCGCCAGAAGGAGGAGGAGGUUCGACAACAACUCCCAAAAAGACCCCACAACCAUCAUCAAACCAUUCCACCCAUCUCACCCAUCAACCCUUCCAGACAACUUCCAUCGUCCAUCAAGCCAUUACAAGUAACCCCUCUCACGUGAUGUCCUCAUCAGCAACAACAACAACCACAGGCCAUCAAGUUUUGGGAACGUUGGUUUCGAGUGCUGCUGCCAACAAGUCGAAUCCUAACGGCACACCACCACCCCUUCCAACAACAACAACAACUGCUGCUGCUACUACGACCACUGUGUUUCAUCAUCCUCACCAUCCCACCACGAGUGCCACUCUCCUGACUCAGGGUGCUCCUCCAACUUCUGUGCAUUAUUACAAUCCGUUGUUUCAUUCACCACCACCACUACCUCCUCAUGCCAGUUCUGUUGUUGGGAAUGGGGCCAAUCCACCACCUCCACCUCCACCACCAUCACUCUAUCCACCCUAUCCCUAUCCUCCGUAUGGUUUUAGUCCAAUGUAUGCCAGUCAUCCUCCUAUUGAGGGAAUACCUUAUAUGCACCCUCAUCAUCCACUUCCUCAACAGCACCAGCAGCAACAACAACCAAUGGACACUUCAUCUGAUGAAGAAUCUGACGGCGAGGAAUCGGAGGAAGAUUCUGCAAAUAAUCAAGAGAGCUCUUCCAAUAGCGCAGGUGAAGAGGAGGAAGGCAUUGUGACUUAUCAGAAGCCUUCACCCUAUACAGAGCUGAGGAAACAGCACAACAAGUUACUGAAAGAGCAUGAACGAGUACAGCGAGAACUUGCUGCUGCAUUGGCAGAGCUGGCAGAGUUGAAAAAGCGAAAACGAGUUGAAUUUCCAUUCCCAACACAACCUGUGAUGGCUACGUCGAAAAAGAAGAAGUUUAACAUUGUCAUGUUGGAACAACAACAAGCCAUGUUGCGUGCAGCAUCUGCAUCUAACGAAGCUAGCGCCGUAUCGACACCACAACCAUCUACUGAAAGUAAGACGCCUGCAAAAAAUCAAUUUAUUGAAGGUCUGGCUCCGUCACUCACCCCUAAGACAAGUAUUAUUGAUCCAAACAGAGAGCUGUAUCAACAAAUUGAGAACUCAUUAGCCAAUCUUCCAGGUUCUGAUGCUCCUGUUCUUGCCUCUUCAUCAGUAGGAUCUUCGUCAACAUCGUCGAACACUGAUGAUGAUGGUGGAAGGGCAGUAACUCUGAAUAAGUUGGCACGCAUUUACUAUUAUGACGGAGGAUGUGAUGGACAUGGCGCUAGACAGUUGAAGGCCAAUGGAAAGAGAGUUUUCAUUGAUAUUUCUUGGGAUGAAAUUGCCAAAUUUAGAAGAGCUGACGAUUGCCUUCACCUGUGCAUUUUUGUAAAUACAUCAACGGUGGAUAAGGUUAAGAAUAGUGAUUUGAUUGCAACAUUUAAGAUCCUAAGAAGCGACGGUGACAAGGUAAAAAUUUCCAAGAUUAGAGAGAACCUUAGAAGACUCAAUCUCCAAAACCAAUUCUCGCAUAUUGGUCACAUCAAAUUCUUUAUUCAACUCCGAGGAAAGGAUCAGCAAUUUGACUACACUGAUAAGAUUCUGCUUUAUUCUAAAACUCAACACAAUGUUGCAAAUUUCGAACCUCCAAAUCAAAGAGAGUAUACGGAAUUAUCCAAACUUUUCUAUCAACCAGAGCGUUUUAUGAUUUCCAAGAAAGUAUAA